AUGGCGUCCAAAAGUAAGACGGAGAAGGACGCACCCAUCUCCGGCGUUGGCAUGCCGGAGCAGUCUUUAAGUGUUGUCAACAUACCCGCAACGAAAGAUACAGACAACAAGAGUGAUCAAGAUGGGGACAAUGGCAGUGCUUACAUCCGCAUCUUUCGCUAUGGUGGCCGUUUGGAGUAUACCCUCCAGGUAAUUGCUGCUGUGGCUGCCGUCGCGUCUGGAGCCGGAAUUGCCCUCCAGAAUCUUAUCUUUGGCGAAUUUGUUACCGUGAUUACGGACUUUGUCUCUAGUAAUAGUGAGAGAGACAAAUUCAUGGCUGAUGUGGCCCAGCUAGCUCUCUACUUUUUGUACCUUGGAAUCGCCCGAUUUGUUCUGUCUUAUGUGUACAAUUUCCUCUUGACAUUUUCGGCUUAUCGAAUCGUCCGCAACAUCCGGCAUGAGUACCUCAAGGCGGCUCUCAGCCAGGACAUCGCCUACUUUGACCUUGGUGAAGGCGGCUCCAUUGCCGCACAAGCCACGUCGAACGGUCGCCUCAUUCAGGGCGGCAUUUCGGAGAAGCUGGGCCUGACCUUCCAGGGACUGGCAGCCUUUGUCACUGCCUUCAUUGUCGCCUUCGUCACCCACUGGAAGCUUACGCUCAUCACUCUCUGCAUUGCUCCGGCGACCAUCUCGGUCAUGGCUGUAGUUGGCUUUCUUGAGGCUGGCUACGAGACCAAGAUCCUGGAAGUCCAUGCGCAGGGCAACGCCUUUGCCGAAGGCGUGCUUGCCAGCGCUCAGACUGUUCAUGCUUUCGGCAUGAGAGAACGACUCGUCGCCAAGUUUGACGAAUACUUGUGCCAGGCCGAUCGCUGGGGCAAGAAGAUCUCGCCCCUUCUGGGCCUUCUCUUCUCCGCCGAGUACACCAUCAUCUACAUGGGCUUUGGCCUUGCCUUCUGGCAAGGUGUGCGCAUGUUAGCAAGGGGCGAAAUUGAUUCGCCCGGGGACAUCUUCACCGUCAUCAUGUCAGUGGUCAUCGGCUCGCUGCAGAUCACCAUGCUUGCCCCCUACUCGAUAGAAUUCACUCGUGCCACCACAGCCGCGAGCCAGCUCUUCAAGCUCAUCGACCGGAAAUCCGAAAUUGACCCUUUCGAUCAAGAAGGGGAUAAACCGUUGGAUAUCGCAGGACUUGUCGAGCUGGAAAGCGUCACCUUUUCUUACCCCACACGUCCGGGUAUUACAGUGUUGGACAACUUUUCUCUAACCGUCCCAGCCGGCAAGGUCACUGCUUUGGUGGGUCCAAGCGGUUCCGGAAAGAGUACCAUUGUUGGCCUUAUCGAGAGGUGGUACAAUCCCUCUUCUGGAACCAUCAAGCUUGACGGACGGCCGAUCGACAAGCUCAACCUGGGUUGGCUGCGCAGGAAUGUUCGCCUUGUCCAGCAGGAACCAGUGCUAUUCCAAGGAUCUGUUUUCGACAACAUUGCCUAUGGCCUUGUCGGCACGCCCUGGGAGCAUGCUUCGAAGGCAGAGCAAAUGGUUCAUGUCCAGGAGGCUGCUAAGAUCGCGUUUGCUCAUGAUUUCAUCAUGGAUUUACCUCAAGGAUAUGAUACGGAUAUCGGCCAGCGUGGCAGUCUGUUAUCUGGUGGACAGAAACAGCGCAUCGCCAUCGCCCGCAGCAUCGUUUCGCACCCCAAGGUCCUCCUAUUGGAUGAAGCCACGAGUGCUUUAGACCCUCACGCUGAAGGAGUGGUGCAGCAGGCUUUGGAUAGGGCGUCAGAGGGCAGAACGACCAUUGUAAUUGCUCAUAAAUUGGCCACAAUCCGGAAAGCUCACAACAUCGUCGUCAUGUCUAAAGGCCGUAUCGUCGAGCAAGGCACCCACGAAGAACUCAUCGCGCGCGACGGCACAUAUGCUCGUCUCGUUCGGAUCCAAGACCUGUCCGUCAAGAGUAGUGGUGGCGAAUCGACAUCGGACAGUGAUCAAGACGAGGAGGGCACGGGCGAUGGGGGUGCGCAAACGGUGGAGAUGACCAAAACGCUGACUCGAUAUGCCACGGAGGACCGCGCUCACAUGGAAGCUCAGCGAGAUCGUGACGACUUCAAGAACUACAAACCACUUGGUCUGCUAGCCGUGAUCGCCCGCCUUGUAAGAGAGACCCCUGAGCUCGCGUGGUGGUACCUUGUAGUGUUGGUUUCUUGCGUUGUUGGUGCUGCUUUCUUCCCUGCUCAGGCUGUCUUGCUGUCCCGCGUCAUGGACGUUUUCACCCUGGAAGGGGAUGCCAUGGUCAACCGCGGCAACUUUUUUGCUUUGAUGUUUGUCAUCAUGGCUGCAGCAGCCUUGGUUUGCUAUUUUACCAUGGGCUGGGCAGUGUCCACAAUCGCACAGACUCUGUCGCACAAACUGAGACGUCAAAGCUUCAAUAACAUCCUCCGUCAGGACCUCCAGUUCUUUGAUCGACCCGAAAACACCACAGGCGCUCUUGUCAGCCGAAUUGAUAGCUAUCCGCAAAGUGUCUUUGAGCUGAUGGGUGUGAACGUUGGUCUCAUCCUUAUCGCCAUCUUCAACGUUGCGGCUUGCAGUAUUCUGGGGAUUGCAUACAGCUGGAAGCUUGGUUUGGCUGUCGUCUUCGGUGGGCUUCCUCCAAUGCUCGCAGCCGGAUGGCUCAAGAUUCGCUUGGAUAUGAAGCUAGACAGCAACAUCUCGAAGCGCAACUCUGGAAGCGCUUCAAUUGCCUCCGAGGCCAUCACUGCCAUCCGCACGGUCUCCUCGCUAGCCAUCGAGGGCCACGUGCUUGAUCGUUACACCACAGAACUUAAUCACGCCGUAAAUGGGAGCGUUAAGCCACUUGCGGGUGUCAUGAUCUGCUUCGCCUUCACGCAAGCAAUCGAGUAUUGGUUCAUGGCUCUUGGCUUUUGGUACGGCUGUCGGCUUAUUGCCUUAAACCAAAUAACUCUCUACAAGUUCUUCGUCGCCUUUAUGGGCAUUACCAAGGGAAAGAACGGCGCAAAUUACAUCUUUUGGCUGUCCGAGCUGCAGCCCACUAUUCGGGAAACGGAAGAAAACCGUGAUAAGGAACCGAAAUCCGGUGGUCCAAUUGAGCUUGACAACGUCCGGUUUUCGUAUCCCACAAGGCCCGAUUCGGUCGUCCUUCGCGGGAUUCAAAAGGGCCAAUUCGUCGCCGUUGUCGGAGCUUCUGGCUGUGGCAAGUCAACUAUCGUGUCGCUUCUCGAGCGCUUUUACGAUCCUUCCACUGGCGAGAUCCAUAUCGACGGAGACGUGCUGAGUGAGCUAAACCCCCGCCACUAUCGCCGUAUUGUCUCCCUUGUCCAGCAGGAGCCAACGCUCUUCCAAGGAUCCAUUCGCGAGAACAUUGCUCUUGGCGUUGACGAUCACGGUUUAGUCGAUGUGUCUGUUCCGGAUUCCCAAAUUGAGGCCGCCCUCAGGGCCGCCAAUGCCUGGGAUUUCGUUUCCUCGCUGCCCGAUGGCUUGUCCACGGCGGCAGGACCCAAUGGCACACAGCUGUCAGGAGGGCAGCGGCAACGCAUCGCAAUUGCCCGUGCUUUGGCCCGCAACCCAGAGAUCUUGCUGCUUGACGAGGCCACCAGUGCUCUGGAUACAGAGAGCGAGAAGAUUGUGCAAAGUGCCCUCGCUGAAGCUGCCAAAAAAGGGGACCGUAUCACUGUCGCUGUGGCCCACCGCCUAUCCACGAUCAAAAAUGCCGAUGUCAUCUGUGUGUUCUACGGCGGUAAGAUCGUCGAGAAGGGCACUCAUGAGGAGCUAAUCGCCCUAAAUGGGCUGUACCGGAAGAUGUGUGAGGCUCAGAAUUUGGAUUGA